CCACCCCUACGCUCGUCAGUUCAAGAGAAAAAUUCAAACCGAGCAGUCGCAACCGGAACCACGAGUCUCGCGCUGUAGCGUAAAAAACCGUUUGCCUAAACGCCGUGUGCCUGCUGUUGCGUAUACGCUGUGCCGGGUACUACACACCUCGCGUAACCUCUGUGUUGUUGACGUACGUACACUUCGAUCACAGAGCCCCGGUACCCCGGUACGAUCCGGCCGAUUAGUGGUUUGUGUAACAUUCGGUGGAGGGGUUUUCCCUCUUGUCCAAUAAAUCUAUUGCGGUGGAUGCGCUUCCCCCCUCUCCUUGAUGUGCCCGAUAUUGAGUGUGCGGCAUUGUUGUGAAACGUGUGCAUCGGCAAAACAUAUGUGAGGUGUGAGCGAGUGUUUACCGUUCUGUGUGGAUGAAAAUAGUAGUCAAAGAAACGGAAGAUAGUGGAAAUUUUGUAAACAGUGCACCAACGCCAAAAGGGAAUGUGAUAGCUCGUGUUGAUCUACACAAAAUAAGCAUAAUUCAUUCGAUUGCUAAAACACGUUCGAAUAUGCUUGCGUGUUCCGUGUUUACUACGCGAGCUUUGAAUAAAUAACGUACGUGUCUACGCGGUACAGCACCAAACACCAUCGCUUGCGGCUUGCUGCAUUCCGGCUGAAGGUUUGUUGUUAAAAAAGGGCCUAUGUACACAAAAUUAUAAAAAUUCGUUCGGAAAGCUUCACGGUCAAUUCCGAUUCGCCCCGCUAGUGUGUUUGACAAUAUUCUAUACACUCCCUCACACAAACACACACACGCGCACGGUAACCGUAGCAAGCCAUGAGAACACGAGUCCGUUCUAGUAGUCCGUACACGUGAGUCUCACUAUAGUGAUUGGUGUAGUAGUCGUGUUGGCGCGCAAAAAAACCUCAUACAGUGCUGUGCACACCCCGCUUCCCUUCCACCCAUCAAGGGAGUCAUCGAGGUGCAGUGAAACACUAUCAUUGCGGUGUUAGAAUCGCAAACCGGCUACGCAAUACCACCUGUUCCGUGGCACGUUGCGCCAGGCUACUGCUUGCUUCUCUCCUUGCGCAGCCGAACACGCCGUGGAGAACACACGCAUUGCAUAAACGACCGGUGCACGGGUACGCAAAAGAAAAAAAAGGAGCUCCACCGUAAGCAGCGACUCACGAUGGAUUUGCACAGACAUUAGUGUGGAUUAUAUUUUGGCCGAUUUCGCUCCGGGGGAGCUGGUUUUGAAACGGCAGAACGCAAACACAGCACAGCAAAAGCAGUAGGAGCUGUGUGCUACAAUGAGAUAAACAAACCACUGGCCGCAGCACUGGUCGCGGGGUGUGUGUUAAUCUGGUUCUGAAUCACUCCUCCCUUCCCAGGUUUGGGAAUAGUAAAAAAAACAAGAGCCCGAAACAAAUCGGGGAGCGGUCAAACGGACUUCAAGCCAGCUUAGAGGCUUCCGUUAAGUCCGGAGCAAAGUUCGUUGUUUGUAUUUUCGUUUCGCAAACUUCCCCUAACACACACGCACACAAAAUGUCUGACAUUUGCGAUUUUGAGUGGUCAAACAAUCGGUACCGGCACAAUCUCACCAUCUCGGAGCUAAAGCUCGGCUUCAACCGGAACGAACCGACCGACCGAAGCCGCGCUCUGAUCGCCCUCAAAGAGCUGAUCGGAGCGAGCCGCGAUUACGCACUCAAGGACAAAUCCUGCUUCCAGGACGACGAGUUCCUGUUCCGCUUCCUGUACGCGCGCAAAUUCAACGUGAAUGAAGCGUUCCAGCUCAUCAUCAACUAUCACGCCUACCGGCAGCGCAACGCCGCCAUCCUGCAGCGGCUCUCGGUGCUGGACGAGACGAUACAGAUCGCGCUGCGGGACGGGUUCCCGGGCGUGCUGCCGAACCGGGACCGGCGGGGCCGCAAGGUGCUGGUGUUCUUUACCGCCAACUGGGACUACGCGUCCUACUCCCUAGUCACCGUGUACCGGGCGAUGCUGCUCACGGUCGAGAAGCUGCUCGAGGACAAGCAGAACCAGGCGAACGGGUUCAUCGCGAUCGUCGACUGGACCAACUUUACCUUCCGCCAGUCGUCCAACCUCAACCCGAAGGUGUUGAAGCUGAUGAUCGAGGGCCUGCAGGACUGCUUCCCGGUACGGUUCAAGGCGAUCCACUUCAUCGGCCAACCGUGGUACGUCGAGGCCGCCCUAGCCGUCAUCCGACCCUUCCUGAAGGAGAAGACGCGCGACCGGAUAAAGCUGCACGGUAGCAACCUGUCCACGCUGCACGACUGCGUCGCCCGGGACAUCCUACCGACGGAGCUGGGGGGCGAGGGACCAACGUUUAAUCCACUCAACUGGUACCACGAGCUGCUCGAAUCGAGCCAAACCGUCACCAAGCCGGCCCCCUCGUACUGCCUCAGCCAGACGCAGAUCUACACCAAAACGCCCGCCCAGUUUGUGCCGGUCGUUGGCAAGGGCAAGGGUGCGGAUCUUUCGCCCGCCCCGUCCCGCUCACCGUCGCCACCGUCCUCGCUUUCGGCCUCGAAUGGGGCCGAGUUCCUGAAGGCUGCCACCAAGGCGGCCGCCGUCAAGAUCGGUGUGCUGACGGCGAAAGCGAACGAUCCGGCCACCAACACGCUGCUGGGCGUGACGGCCGGUGCCGGCGGUUGUGAGUUGUGACACCGCAUCGAGAGGAUGAUGAAGCUGAGCUCGAGCCAGCAGCAGCAGCAGCAGCAACAGCCCACUAAAGACUGGAUCGUUACGGUGGCCAACGGUGGUCCGCACUGCGCUAUGAUGAUCUCAUACCGGGUACAGAAACGUUCGUGGUGGUGAAGGAACUGGUGAGAAAUAGUCUGGCAGGUGUCUAGGAAACGGAGGGGCCUUAUACUUGUAGAACUGAUGAGGUUUUUAAGGCAUGGAAGCAGUGUGUUCAUCCAAGCAAGCUGUUCUUUCCUCAUUGCGGCAUGGAAGAAGCGGAAAGUUGUUUAGAAUUCCGACAGAUGGCGCUUCGUUGUUAAGUGUCAAGACAUAACUCUCUUUCUCUCUUUCGCUCUUUUCCUCUAUCGCUCUCUUUCCUUCAAAACAAAGUGUGCAUGAUCGUGGAGUAUUGAAGACAUUUCAAGGCGACUCUUCUGAUGUGUGAUAUUAAACGAAUGUGAUUUAAUUGACUGGAAUUUCAUACUCCAAUCCAAAGUGAGUGUAAAUAUCAGGUGGGCUUAUGGUGUUCUUCUGCACCAAUACAUCGACAUACAAUUAGACAGUUUGUUCAAUAACAAAAUCAUCUCGCAGAAAUGGUAUGUGGUUUUACGAAGAAAGAAGCCAAAAAACUUGGAUUAAAACGAUGAUCUGAAUAUUACUGGAUUCCAACAAAACAUUUGCUUCGCAAAGUCUGAUAUAUAGGAAACAAUUAUUGAAUUCGUUCAGCCAGAGCAAGUAAGGAGCAGUGUCGCAACCGUACCAAAUCUAACUAUCGAACCAGGUAUUCUUUCUAUUUUCGUUUUAAAACGUCAAAUUGCACUGAAUACGUUUGCUCACCUGAUAUAUCAACUCACUUUGGCUCCAAUCGUUCAUGUAUCUACGCCUACUUGUUGACAUCUACAUGGCCUAAUAUGUUCGGGAUUUUGCAUAUUAAAAUAGGGCCCAAACAGAAAGGCUCAUUCUUGCACGUAACUCCAACACCAACCUGCAGACGUGAACGGCGCUUUAAAUUGUCAACAUUAGCUAAACCCUUGAUAUUGUUUCACUUCCCGCAAGCCCAUUGUCAUCUGGUGGAUGCUUCAAGUUGUCCAGUGCGUGAGUCAUCAACCCCCACCAACACUACCAACAGUACGACCUUCUGCGCUUCACCUGUCGUGCCGUUUCGCAGGUUCGCUCAAGCAGGCGUCUACGUCUUAAGCUGCACACUCGAAGCCCACGAUGGUCAAGGUUAGUCCCCAAUGCCACUGGGCUGGGCAGAAAUCUCUGUCCCGCUUUUCGAAGUCACCACCGGCAAAACCCGGUUGGCCUUCUAGGGUAGGCCAGUGUCCGUACCCCCUUAUUUAGAUGGCGUGUCUUUAGCACGCCAUGUCCAGCCGAGGGAGGACAAUUUCCGCUUUGGUGUGUGUGUGUGUGUGUGUGUGUUAUUUUGUUUCUCCUCCCUGUCUCGGGCGCACAGUAAUGCGGUCAGUAAUGUGAUACAUGUGCAGACCGUACUGGUCGGUCGCGUAGUGUGCGUUUGCGCCGUUUUGUUUAGGGGAGAAAGGCUUCGCCGCUCGGGCUGGGGACAUUGCAGCUGCAGUGCACAGGGGACGCUGCGUGACUUACUUACGUGUUCGGAAGGGGCACAAAUUGAACCGUGGGGGGAAGUGUAAUGAGGCCGAACAGUGAAAUGAAGACUUUAAUUAAGGCAAGCGAAAGGGGAAGAGGAAAUUGUGCCUGCCUUUAACGGUCGGCAGCAGUCACUCUCCCUUACUUCCUUGAGUAAAAGACAAAUUUCUAGAAUUUGCACACACACAAACACUCUCUUUCGGGGUGUUAUUAAUAUGUUUCAUCCAACUCUCAGCGCAGAACGGUACAUGUGAAGCCACACCACCAUAUGGCCUUGUGCGCGAGCCGGCCGGGUGCUUCAUUAAACUGCACCAAACGCUGGUGACGUUGACGGUGGGGUGGCAUGCAUAUUUUAAUGCUCACCACCCAACCCACGUGCCCAAUCGCGGUCAUUUUGCGUGCAUUCAUUCGAUACAGGUUCUGCGCGCCCGCGUUCUUGGCGGCUUGCGUAUAUGAUGGCGCCAUACGCAAUGGCACCACGGUCGGUCGGGUUGCGGGCAAACGGUUUCUUUUUCCUGCUGAAUAAUGAAACAGGGGGAGAGAGGGAAGCAAAACAUAAACGAGUAAAGGUGAAGUUUUGUAGGUGAACUCCUUUGCUCCCUGCUUACGACGCAGGGAACGCCGCAACGUUAUAAAAAAGGGACGCAUUUAACGUUGCUGACUCCUGUGGGAUGAUAAAAAGGUACACCUUUGCGAGAUGCCUUCCUCCUUGAACAGAAUGCACUUAAUUGCAGUUACCGCACGGCAUAAUUAUCCUCCGAUUUCGCUUCCUUUUCGUCCAUCUUUCUUGGGCUGGGACACUUUUAUACGCCUUUUAACGGCGCGUCGAAGGCGAUCGAAGCAGUUGCAAGAGAGUAAGUGACGAUAAGCUAAACCUACCCCUGGCCAGACCAAUUACUACUACAUUGUAGAGCGUUGGAUGCUGUUUAUGGGUAAAGAGUUUCACAGUUUUUCCCCUUCAAUAUCUAAUUUAGCUUAAAAUAUGAGUAACAACUUCUUGAAAUAAUUUUCCUUUGCCGCCGAGGAUAUAACACGCAUUAUAUGAACAGUUUACACACUGCGCUCCAUUCAGCCUCCAUACUUCAAUUUCCACCAUGCCUGUGUAUUUAAAAUGCACUCGAUUUUCACCCGACCCAGGUGUCAACCAGGUUUGCAACCGAACAGGUUAGUCGCCGUCCAUUGAACUGCUCGAGAUCAUCGCCCACGGGCACAGACACAAACAGACAGACUCGAAUUAAGAGACUCACUUGACCCGCAAAUCGCGGGUGGGUUUUGAACGCACAAGGACACACUGAGAGCUAAUAAUUAAUAUGCAAACUGAAGAAAAAAACACACUUUCCCUUUUGUGAUCACCGAGUGUGAUGCAACAGAAAAAGGGAGAAAAAUAGCAUAAAAUAAAGAGUAAACAAAAAAAAGAAAACAUGGUGGCCUUAUCAGUGAAGGGCAAUAAAGAGAUAGAGAGCUUAUGCUCUUAGAAGAUAAAUCACAGCAAAACUCUAACGCAUUCGUAAGUGAAGUGAAAGAUUUCGAAUAAAUUAGGGUAAGAAAAAGGCACUAGAUAGGCGUAGCUAGGCGUGUAAUUGCAUUGUUUGUAAUGAUAUUCAUUCAAGUCCGUCCGUUGAAGUGCACAGCUUUAUGCUUUCUGUCCUCUCUUCUUACGGUCAUCGAAUUAUAAGCGACUUAGCUUUAUACUAAGCACACAAACACACACCAUUUCUUCAUCUUCAUCCACAUCUUGCAUUACACGUUCACAACUUUAUCCCAUAUUAUUCCUCUUCUGUCCUUUUUGGUGUAAAGUCCUAGAUGGAGGAUGUACGUUACGGUUUGUUCCAUAGUGUAAGUCCUUCUUAGCAAGUAAGGAGUAGCAUUUUGGAAAUGGUGGAGAAAAAAGAGCCGAAGAAAACGCUUCAAUUUAGAGAGCAUCACUGCAUCGAUCGUUUGUCGAAAAGUGCAUUUGUAAAGAAAAGAAAAGGAAAAAAAGGUUAAAAUAUAAUUACUGCGAAAGCUUUCCCCCUGUUUUGUUUUGCAGUGAGCGGAAUAUCAUAUUCACAUUA